AUGCUGACCAGCUAUGAGGUGUCUGGUGAGGAACACCUCUAUUCUGACUUCCCUGAGAUUGAUUUGUCCCAGCUGGAUGCCAGCGACUUUGACUCAGCCGGCUGCUUCAGCGAGCUGCAGUGGUGCGGGGAGCACUCGGAGACCGACUCCAGCCAGUACAGCACUGAUGACUCCGAGCUCUUCCAGAUAAUAGACAGCGAGAAUGAAGCGCUGCUGGCAGCCCUCACCGAGACUUUGGAUGAUAUACAGGGAGAUGACAUGGGCCUGGCUGCCUUCCACACUAUGGAAGAGGGGGACACGCUCUACCAAGCCUACACCUCGCCUGCCCCCUCCCCCAAACCCACCGCCCCGGUCACGGGGGGGCCGUCCCCGGCCCCCGAGUUUGAUGAGCUGUCUCUACUGAAGAAGUUGCUCCUCUCUCCAUCGCACGUGCCUCCAAGCUGUGAGGCUCAGCGGGAUGGGAGCGCCCGGCGCCCGGGGACCCCUAAGUCCCGCCCUGCACGGCCCUGUGCCAAGGUGGAGGGUUCCCGGGACAGGAGGGUGAGCAUCCCGCAGGCACAGAGCCGCAGCUGCACCGAGCUGCACCGGCACCUCACCUCCACCACCUCCAGCCCCCAGACCAAAGCUUCCCGGGCACCCGAGGGGUGCUCUGGCAGCCCCCACCACCUGCCCCCAGGCGACUGUGCCCACCACGAGGAUGACAGUGACUCCAGCGAGGACUCACUGAGCUCUGGUGACUCAGUGACCCCCCCAUGCUUGGCAGAGAAUGUCUCCAGCAGCCAGUUCUCCUGCGAGGGGGAAAUGCACUCGGUGGUGGAGCUCAUCCGCUACAUGCACACCUACUGCCUGCCGCCACGGAAGCUGCCUGCCCGCGAUGCCGCCGAUGCCAAGCCCCAGCCCUGCAGCAGCCCCUUCAAGAGAGCCAAACCAGACUCAGCAGGGGGCUACAAGAAGCCCGGAGCAUCCUUCUCCAUCCUGAAGGAGUUGCUGGCGCGGGAUCUGCUCUGCGACGUGAGCAAGCCAUACCGCCUGGGCAAGCCUGUGUAUGCCGCCCUGGCCCUGCCACCCAGCUCCUGCUCCCCUGUGCCACUGGCCCAGGACAGGGAGGACACUGCUGGGACCUGCACAUCCAGAGCCAAAAUGGCACCAGAGAAGGGUGAGCCAUGGCAGAGCCCCAGGGCCGAGGCAGAGGCACCGCGGGAGCCCAGUGGCCUCGAGGACGAUGCUGGGAAGUGUGUGGGCACCCCGGGCACAGCUGUGGGGAAGGUGGCCCGUAAGCAGGAGAGCACCAUUUACGCCGUCCGCCGGUCCAAGAGACUCCACCCUGAGCUCGGCCACUGGCUCUCCUUCCUAGACGAGUCACCCCCUGAGUCCUCCAUCCCCCAGGAGGCAGGAGACAGCCAUCGUCCCCAGGAUGCCCUGGCCUGCCCAGCACUGGUCGGCUUCUCUGCCGAAGAGCCCGCAGCUGAAGUGGAGGUGGGGGGCACGGAGGAGGGAGACGGUGGGAGCACAGCACUGCCAGCAGAGCUCCAGCAGCUCUCCCUGAGCUCCCCGGGGAAUGGCGAGGUGGGCGACCGGGCUGAGAGCCGGGGCUGUGCCCUCCUGGAGCAAGCAGAAAUACCCAGGUGUCUCACGCUGUCCUUGGCACAAACUGACCCGACCUUUGGGAAGAGAAACUUUGAGCCAAUGCUGACUGUGGAGCUGUGUGGGACGGCAGGUCUCACGCCGCCCACUACUCCGCCUUACAAGCCUGCUGAGGAGGACCUGUACAAGCCAGACAUCCCCCAGGAGCCAGGGAAGGAGGAGGGGACGGCCCCCAGCCCUGGUGGCACAGGGGACAUAGCAGCUUCCCGGAAGGUCCCCAAGAAGCACCCUGAGAGGACAGAGCUCUUCGCCCAUCUCAGCCGAGCUGCCGGGCGCCCUGCACUCCCUGAGCAGCAGGGUGUGCUCAAGCGGCCCUUCUCCCGCUCCUUUGGGGACCACGACUACUGCCAGGUGCUGAAGCCCGAGGCUGCCCUGCAGAGGAAGGUGCUCAGGUCGUGGGAGCCCCCGGGCCAGGUGGAGAUGGAGCACAAGAGGAGGGUCCCGGCCGCCCACUACCAGAGGCUGGACCUGGGCAGCAAGGAGGCAGGAGGCCAGAUGUUGUGGAAGGAUGGUGUCAAGCAGCUGAGGGACCAGGAGAUCAGAGCCAGCUUAACGAAGCACUUCGGCUUUCUGGACAGUGCUCUUGAUGACGAGGACGUGGUCUUCUGCAAGAGCCCCGAGUACGACACUGUCUUUGAAGACAGCUGCAGUGAGAGUGGCUCCCCUGUGGAGGAGGAGGAGGAAGAGGAUGAGGAACACAGUGAUGCCAAGCUGUGCCUGCGGAGAAACCCCCUUUCCAGGACCAGUUUGCAUUACUGUUCCCGGAGCAGGUCCAGCUCAGGGUCUUCAUGCUGCCGGUCCCGAUCACCUGCAAGCAGGCGGACCUUCAGGUGUGAGAAUGGUGAGCAGUGUCAGGGCAGGAGCGGGCACCGGGGCCAGAUGGAGAAGAGACGGGAAAAGGCCAUCGGAGAAGGUCGGGUGGUGUAUAUCAGAAACCUCUCCAGCAGCAUGAGCUCCAGUGAACUAAAGAAACGCUUUGAAGUGUUUGGUGAAAUCGUGGAGUGUCAGGUCCUGUCCAGGACUAACAGGGGGGAUAAAUACGGCUUCAUCACCUACCGGUAUUCGGAGCACGCAGCCUUAUCUCUGAAGAAUGGCACCUCGCUAAGGAAGAGGAAUGAGCCUUCAUUCCAGCUCAGCACUGGUGGCCUCGGGCACUUCUUCUGGACCAGAUAUGCUGACUUGGAUUGCAGCUCAGAGGAGUCCUCCCCAGCUCCAGUGAAAAGCAAGUACGAGACCAUGGAUUUCGACAGCUUGCUGCAGGAGGCCCAGCUGAGCCUGCAUCGGUAA